UCUGUCCAAUACGAGGAGCGAAGGCCACCAUUGGUUCUUCAGGCCUUCCUGGUUUCAUACUUUUCUUCCUCUUUCUCAGCUCUCAAAAUAAGUCUCAAUGAACUUCUAUGGGCUGUGGAAAACCGUAAUUGGUCUAAGAACCUAUCAAACCCAAACCUUCACUUUGAUUCUAAUCCGACGCGCUGGCUGUCGUCGGCUCCGCAUCCGCCCGUGUCAUCCGCCAGCCCUGGCUCUCCACUGAAGACCUCUGAUGGCACAGACCGCGACGGACUGGAGCUAGUGAACCUCGCAUCCUCAGAUAGUGGAAGUGGUACUGGUGGCGUUGAGGCUACUGUAGGCUCUAGAGGGACCUCCUCCCUGGUGCACAAGGCUCCUAUUCUCCUCGGAGGCGUUGGCGGCAGCGGAAGUGGAAGCGACGCCGUGGAGCAGUUGGUAGGAAGCGAAACCAGCACUCAGUCAGAUGGCAUUACGGCAAUGCUUAAGCUACAUAGUCGAUUGGGGCGUAUCCUGCAGGACGCCUGCGAUCUACACAAGCAGAUCGGCCAUCUCCUGUCUACUGUAGCCAAUCAACCCGUCCACUAA